AUGCGUACCCAACAAUUCCUCGCUCUCUCCGGCCUCAUUCUCGCUGGCAACGUCGCCAUCGCGUCGAAGCUAGACCACGACGAUGUUCCAAACCGCUGCUGGAAUGUUUGCGGUGAUGUCGUCGGGAUUUCCAAGAGCUGUGAUGCCCGACACGACAGUGAUUCCGCCGAGAUCAAAUGUAUCUGCGACUGGGAGAAAGCCAAGACUCAGAUUCCACUUUGCUCGGCCUGCAUCACCCAGUACCAGACCGACAGACGCAACAACAGCACCAACACCGACCACGACCACGACCACGAUCAUGACCAUGAUGACGACGACGAUGAUGAUGACCACGACCAUGACCAUGACCGCGAUGACGAUGACGACGACAACGAAGCCCUUGACCUAGUCCACUCGUGCUCCCUGAGCACAACAACCUACAACUCUGCCGCAACUGCAACUGCUUCUUCUACCAAUACCGGCACUGGCACUGGAACUGCUGCUUCUGCCACCGCUACAUCCACCGGUGGUUCCAGCUCCAGCGGAACCAGCCAGGACUCCACCAGCUCGAACUCGGGAUCUGCUGAAUCCGCGGGAUCUUCGGCGGGCUCUGCUGCUUCUGCUUCUGCGACGCCUGAUGCUGCGGUUGACCUCUCGCCUCGCGGGGUUGCUUCGAUGGCUGGUAUUGUGGGGUUGAUGGCCUUUGCUUGGCUGUGA